GCUGAAUGUGUGUUUCUUAGGAGAAUGAACCAGAAGAGGACUACAUCUCCACUCUCUUCUUCUCUGGAUUUUAACUCUACUGAUUCAGCGCUUUCAUACUGGAUUGUUUUCCUUUUAUCAACCUCUGUCUGCACAACUGCUCUGGUCCAUAAUAGUGGAAAUGCUGCUGCUCGUCUCACCACGCCUGAGGUCUUGCCACAGGGAAGACUUCCGCCUGUCAUCUUCACUCAAGUAUCGUGUCCCACUCAAGAACAUGUUUUCCUGAGCGGCCUACAAAUCACAAGUGUCACAGUCUAUCCUGGGCCAUGACUGCCCAGCUUCCCAACGUCAGUGUUCCUGGGCGUACAGCAGUUCUGCUGCCGACUACAGACUGUCCAUUUAACGUCACUGCAGCCGCUCAGGAAGGACUCGGUUCGGGCCAGUCACUGGCGCCGCUGUGCACCCUCUGUUGCUGUGGAUUUAUCAAUCGCACUUUGGCAGUGGUGUUCAUGGUGAGCCUGGCAUUUGCCAUUGUGGUUGGAAAUGUGGUCACCCUUACUGUCUUUGUGCAAACAAGGCAGUCCCGAACACCCCAGGGAUACCUGAAAGUGUCUCUGGCCAUAGCAGACAUGAUGGUCGGUGUCCUCGUGGUCCCGUUCUCCAUCUACACUGAGAUCUCACUGAUGGUGACCAGCGCGCCUCCCAUUUGGUACCAGGGCAUCUCUAUUUCCCCGGCCACCUCCCCUUCUCUCGGGGGACCGGUGAGCCCUUGGCAGCCCUGCAUGCUGAUUGGUCCUGUGUUUGCUGGAUGCACCUUUGUCUCCAUCAGCACCAUCUUCCUCAUGACGCUGGAGCGAAGCGUGGCCAUCCUACGGCCCCUCCACAAGGACGCCCUGGUUACCCGGAGAAGAACUCUGUUCCUCAUCCUGCUCUCCUGGGCUGCCAGCUUCCUGCUAGCUCUUGCACCCCUCAUCUUCAGCAGAAACUUCACAUUGGAGUACAAUGAGUGCAGUCGUAUGUGUAACUACACACCACUCUUGUUCGGCAGCCAGCUGCCACCUGAUGCCAACAUUUUGCUGUUAUUCCCAACUUUUGACUUCACAUUGCUCGGUGGCACAUUAGUAGUGAACAUUGUGUCUUUCACGAGCAUCCGACGGUACUCCCGAAAACGCAAACUGCUGUCAGAGGGGAGUCUGAGUGAUGGGAGAGGAGGGGCAGCGGUAGGAGGAGGAUGCUCUCACAGGCCCUCCUUUUCAGACAUCAAAGCUGCCAAGACAAUUGGCAUACUGACAUUCGCCUUCACAGCAUCCUUCUCUCCCAUCGCAGUGUUUGUGCUCGGGAACGUGGUGGGAUACACCUGGUGUAACUUUUCUUUUUUAGCCUUCUGGAUCCUGACAGGAAACAGUUGCUGUAAUGUCAUUAUCUACAGUGUCAGGGACCACCGCUUCAGAAAGGGUGUGACUCUGCUCUUUCAGCGAGACCACUACCCCCCACAUGGCGAGAAGUCCUGA